GAUCACAUCUGAUGAAGUUACCUCGAUGUGUCUCCGCUGCACUAUGACCCAGGCAUUGGCCUACAGUGCAGCAGAUAGCAGCUGUUUGCUCGUCCUUUGAGGGAAGAGGUAAAAGUCCAGCUCCCGUCUGUUCAAACCCUCUCUCUAAAACCUUCUACUUCAAGUCGUAAAGGAAGAUCUGCAGCUAGCUCACGUGCUGGUUCGAACGUUAGCUCAUCUGUCUGGACGGGAUUUUCUUAUCCGGCUGAAUUUUGUUUUGGCCAGCGUGUAUGGACGUGUGUGUGUGAGUGAGUGUGUGUGUGUGUGUGUAUUGGAGGAUGAGCGUGUUCCUGCUGGUCCUGUGCCUGGUGUUGCUGCUGCAGGAGGGAAGAACCAGGCCCGACCCACAAGGCUGCAACAACCCUGAAGUUGUGAGGGUGGCGGAGGAGGCCCUGGACCAGAUCAACCGGGACAGAACCGUCGGAUACGUCCUGGGCCUCAACAGACUGUAUGAUGUCUCUCACAGUCCACAACAGAAUGGCGGGUUGCUCUACAAACUGACUAUUGAUGUCCUGGAGACCAAAUGUCACCUGACGAGCCGAAAAGCCUGGAAACAAUGUGAGAUCAGAGACAUCGGAAAUGUUCCUGUGUACGGAGAAUGUGAAGCAUCAGUUCAUGUUGAUGCUCAAGUGGAACUUAAAAGUUAUUCCUGUAAGCUGCGAGAAGCUCCUGCUACCUCCGUUGUGGACGUGUGUCCCGAUUGUCCCACAGCUGAAAACUUGGGAGAACCUGUUGUCAAGGAGACGGUCAAUCUCUCCCUGCAGAGGUUUAACGAAGAGAGUCACCUGGACAAUUACUUCAGCCUGGACAACAUCACAAAAGCGAGUUCACAGUGGGUCGCUGGUCCGUCCUACUUUGUGGAGUUCACCAUCCUGGAGACGGUUUGUUCAAAGAGGACUGAUGUGAGUGAGCUGAGCCACUGUCCGCCCAUGGAUUGUCAGUUUGCUCAUCGAGGCUUCUGUCUGGGCUCCCACGUCACCACAGAGGAACUAUUUGAAAUCCACAACCCAGCUGGAAAAAAGGCCAGCUCCUUUCAGAAUCGCAAACCUGUGGAGGUGAAAUGUGAGAUCUAUGAACCUCAGACUGCCGCCGUGGAGGAGCAGGCCCAUGCUCGAGCCGCCAUCGGCCACCCUGAGCACCAGCACCACAACCACACACACCUGCAUCCACACGAGCACAUGCACUCACUCACUGCUAACGCCACCAUCUCCAAGCCUCUAGGUGUCCUCGGUACCGUUGUGUUUGAGCCCGCCUCUCCCAGAUCCGUCCCGUCGGCCGCUUCUUGUCCAGGUCUUCGAAAACACAACCUGGGUUUAGUUUCACUCAAGCUCUGAUCUUCUUUUCAGAUCCAUUUCAGCAUCUUUCAUUUAGUUCAUUAGACUGAAGAGGCAGAAGAUUCCAACCUAAAGUAGGAGGAUGAUAACUUAUACUUAAGAAAUGAUCAGAACUAAUCUUGUAUUAAAGGCUCUUUCUCUCCUCUAACUUGAAUGUUUCCUUCUUGUUUGGCAGAAUGUUAGCAUCACCAGGGUAAUAGCCUUUAGCUCAUCAUUCAUCCAAACAUAGAAAACGCCAUAAUAGCCAACGAUGAUGACGGAAAGCGGUGCGUAAACAGCCAGAGAUGAAAGGAAAAGUCUGGAAGACCUUCAGAAAGCCUUGAUAACUGAUGACAAAUCUCCUUUAGAGGCUGUUAUGCAGAAAGGUUACAGAAUUGUUUUGUCUGUUUGAUAAAAUCACAGGAAGUGGUGACCAAAGGGGCUGCAGUAACCGGACUAAAGACAAGUUUUAGACAUUAACGAAACAGUUUCCUUUAUUUUACUUAGUUGUCAUGCAUGAAAUUAUAACGAAGAUCAAAGCUGGGAGACAUUUCAGGAUAGUCUGAAAUGAGUCUUUACCUGUGCUAAUAAACGUGGCUGAAGACGCCUGGAAAAUC